AUGCCAUUGAUUAAUUUAAUUAUUCAAACUUCAGUUCGCUGGACUAACUUGAAUAUGGCUAAUCAUGAAAUAUGUGAUUUAAAAUAUACAAAUAGUUAUAUUCAAAUAUUCAAUAUUAUUGUUGCUUUUGCUCUACCUAUUAGUUUAAAUAUUCUGGUAAUAUACGCUAGUGCUCGUUAUGUUCAAUUAUCCUCUCAACUACGUCAAACACGACAUCAUGUAUCAGCUCGUGAAAAAUAUAAUCAUUCAUUAGUACUUCAAUUUCUUAUAUUUUAUUCAGUAUGGAUUAUACUUUGGUCUCCUAAUAUUAUUGCUUUUCAAUUGCAAAACCCAAUUAUAAUUGGUGCAUUGGAUGCUCGUUUUCGGCGUGUUUGGCGCGAAAUAUACAAUUUUUUGAAGACAAAAUGGUACAUGGCAUUGAAUCGCCAUCAAAGACGAAUAGUACCUAAUACAAUCAGUGCUCGUUUACGCGUUCCUCAUCAUGUACGUGUAACACCUUUAUAA